AUGGCAAUUGUAAUCGAUGCAUUUGCAGAAGCAGCCAUUUCUAAUAUGUUCUGGUCUGUAACCAGUUUGUUGAAAGACAAGGUGGACCUCAUCCGGAAUGCCAAAGUCGAGAAGCUCCAGAAAAAGCUGGAAGGCUUGCAGAAGACCAUCAAAGUGGUGAGUUUGUGUUUCAGAGAAGCCAAAUCGUAUGGGUUUGCUGCGAAAAAUACUAAAGGAAGUUGGUGGAUGGGAGAGGUAGCGGACACCCUAAUGGGAGGUGCAAAGGAGAGCAAGAUUUUGAUCACCAGUAGAAAGGUAGAAGAUUCUCAAGGAAUUGGUGAUAAAAUGUAUAAGUUGACAGAAAUGUCUUUGGAUGAAAGUUGGAGCUUGUUUCUGCGUGUGGCAAAGAUACAAGAACAUGAAUUGGAGAGUCACAAUUUGAAAGGUAUUGGGGAGAAAAUAGUGGCAAAGUGUGGUGGGUUGCCACUUGUUGUCCAAACGGAAUAUAGCCAUGCCUCCGCCACUGAGCACACCUCCCAUCUGUCAUUACUUGGAAUCGAUGAUGCAGAGCACAAGUACAAUGCCUCAGGAGCAGCAAAUAAGGUGCGGACAUUGUUGUGCGAUCCUGAUUCUGAUUCCAAGUCAGACUUGCGUUCAGUUUAUAUUGCACACUUAACCAAUUUCAAGUGGUUGAGGGUGUUGUCAUUGAGAGGAUAUAGGAUGUAUGAGUUGCCAAAGUCAAUUGAAGAUCUUUCACUUCUAAAAUAUCUCGAUCUAAGCUAUUCUAAUGUGAAACGGUUGCCCAGUUCAAUCGGCAGACUCUGUAACUUGCAAAUAUUGGAUUUAAGUGUUAGUAAAAUUGAAGAAUUGCCCAAGGAAAUAGGUGAACUGAGCACUUUGAGGUAUCUUGGGCUGAAAGAUAUAGAGGAAUUGAAAUUUAUAACCGAAGGCCUGGGGAUGCUUACUAAUUUACGGAUCUUGUAUAGACUUAUUCUUAAGGAGAAGCAUGAGUUAAUUGGGGUGAAAUUUUAUUUUGAGGAGCAAGAUGAUGACAGAGUGGAUAAUGCUUCCAAAGAGAGGAGUUUGCUGGAGGCUUUGGAACCUCCAUAUGGCAUAGAGAGGUUGGGAAUUUAUAGUUAUAAAGGAUAUAGGGAUGUGAUAGGAAUUAAAUCAUUGGAAGAAUUGAAGGUCCAAAACUGCCCAACAUUGUGUGAAUUGCCAAGCAUGCUUUCGUUGAAGUCCUUGGAGAUUUGGCUGUGUGAUGGGCUCAACAAGGUUGGUGACCUGCCAGCAUUAGAGUCGUUGACUCUGUCCAGAUGCGAAAGGCUGAAGACUCUUGCUAACAUGCCUGCAUUGGAGUCGUUGCAUGUGUACCGAUGUGAAAGGCUACAGCAAGUAUCUGAUGAUCACAUGCCGGAUUUAAAGAGACUGAAGUUGUCUUACCUGAAGAUAUUGAAGCAGCUCCCCACUCACCUUCCUUCACUUGAGGAACUGGAUGUGAAGCAUUUGCCCAACUGGGAAAUAACACUUACUUUUAUGCCAUGCUUAAGAAAGGCGAGUUUUGAAACUUGUCCAAAGGUACAGACAGAAGGCUUGAUUUAUGCUCUAUUGGAGCUGGCGGGGCAUGGUGGUCAAGUGACUCAGCUCCGAACGCUGUCACUGAAGAAUUGCCGAAGUGAAAGAUUGGGAUGGAAAUUGCUUGAGCAAAUGCCUAACCUCAUUUGCUUGAAGUUGGAUUCAAAAUCAGCAGUACUACUGCCAUCUUCAUUGCCAUCGGAGGUACCAACAUUUCUACCCUCCUUCAAGGCUCUGGAAUUGAGAGACAUCACGAAUGUUGAUGAGGAGCUUGGGAGGCCACUGGCAAUGCCUCCCGAAACUGAAAUUUCUGUGGCUUCAAGACUUCCCCAAUCUGAAGUCUCUGGUGGAUGUGAAUAA